AUCUCCCUUCGAGAUUCGAUUUUGGCAAUAUGUCCGCAAAUUGACCGACGCCAGGUGUACGUGAAUUUAAACAUUCACUGCGAAUCGCGCAUUUUGAAUCACAUUACUAAUCUGACAUAACCACCAUUGCCGCGAGUUGUAAUUGUGCACUGUUCUCAGUGUGUUAUAUUGUCUAGCUCGAGCAUACAACACGGUUGUUUCUUUUAUCAAUGAAAUCUGAUCUGACAUGUCUUACACCGAACUGGAACAUGGUUAUCAGGGUCUCAAGAAUGCAAGCAGACCAAUGUUCUACAUAGGAGAUAUAAAUACAGUACAACCACCUAUAGUAGGUCCUGUUAUUCCUUCCAUCUAUCGUUCAUCUAAAAGGCCUGAACUGUCAGAAGGGUGCAGCAACGAUGAUGCUUAUAUGGGCAACAGCGAUGUGGAAGGAGAGGGGAAGCAAGUCUUGGUUGGAAUAUGCGCGAUGGCGAAGAAAUCGCAGAGUAAACCGAUGAAAGAAAUUUUAACAAGGCUCGAGGAAUUCGAGUAUAUCAAAAUUGUUGUGUUUCCGGAAGAUGUGAUACUAAAGGAUCCUGUGGAAGAUUGGCCUAUAGUUGACUGCUUGAUAAGUUUCCAUAGCAAAGGCUUUCCACUUGAUAAGGCUAUAAACUAUGCGAAUUUACGUAAUCCCUUUAUCAUUAACAAUCUUCCGAUGCAGUAUGAUAUCCAGGACCGAAGGAGAGUCUAUGCCAUACUGGAGAGCGAAGGUAUCGAGAUUCCACGGUACGCCGUUCUCGACAGAGACUCGCCAGAUCCGAAACAAUCUUUUUCAGAUCAUGAAUUGGUGGAAUCGGAGGAUCACGUGGAAGUGAACGGUAUUACUUUUAACAAGCCGUUUGUGGAAAAACCAGUGUCUGCUGAAGAUCAUAAUAUUUACAUUUAUUAUCCCACUUCUGCGGGUGGAGGCAGUCAGAGAUUAUUUAGAAAGAUAGGUAGUCGUAGUAGUGUAUAUUCUCCGGAGUCUCGUGUUCGGAAGACUGGUUCGUAUAUCUACGAAGAUUUUAUGCCUACCGAUGGUACUGACGUUAAAGUUUACACCGUGGGACCUGACUACGCUCAUGCCGAGGCGAGAAAGAGUCCAGCCCUCGAUGGCAAGGUCGAGAGAGACUCAGAAGGCAAGGAGAUUCGUUAUCCGGUGAUAUUGAGCAACGCUGAGAAACUUAUUAGCAGAAAAGUAUGUUUAGCUUUCAAGCAAACAGUAUGCGGUUUCGAUUUACUGAGAGCGAACGGGCAGUCCUUUGUGUGCGAUGUAAAUGGAUUUAGUUUUGUAAAGAAUUCGAAUAAGUAUUACGAUGAUUGUGCCAAGAUUCUGGGAAAUAUGAUACUGAGGGAAUUGGCCCCGACAUUGCACAUACCAUGGAGCGUGCCCUUCCAACUGGAUGAUCCUCCCAUCGUGCCAACUACAUUCGGCAAAAUGAUGGAGUUGCGUUGCGUUGUAGCGGUUAUUAGACAUGGUGACAGGACUCCGAAGCAGAAAAUGAAAGUGGAAGUACGUCAUCCGAAAUUUUUCGAGAUAUUUGCAAAGUACGAUGGCUACAAACACGGUCACGUCAAGUUGAAACGACCCAAGCAGCUGCAGGAGAUUCUCGAUACAGCUCGUAGUUUAUUGACGGAAAUACAACACCGUGCAGCGGGGCCUGAGCUGGAGGAAAAGCAAGGGAAACUGGAGCAACUCAAGAGUGUGUUAGAAAUGUACGGACAUUUCUCCGGCAUAAAUCGUAAGGUCCAGAUGAAGUACCAGCCUCGUGGAAGACCACGAGGGAGUUCUUCCGACGACGGUAACGAUCUCAAUCGACUGGGCGAACCGUCUCUCGUUUUGAUCUUGAAGUGGGGCGGUGAAUUGACGCCGGCCGGACGUAUCCAGGCGGAAGAAUUGGGACGCAUCUUCCGUUGCAUGUAUCCCGGUGGUCAAGGUAGACACCUUAGUGAGGAAGAAUCAGAGAUGUUACCAAACCACGGUGAAUACGCAGGUGCGCAAGGACUGGGCUUGUUACGCUUGCAUUCAACAUUUCGCCACGAUUUGAAGAUAUACGCCAGCGAUGAGGGACGCGUUCAAAUGACCGCCGCGGCAUUCGCGAAGGGAUUACUCGCGUUGGAGGGAGAAUUGACGCCCAUCCUCGUGCAAAUGGUGAAGAGCGCGAACACCAAUGGUCUGCUGGACAACGACUGCGACAGUAGCAAAUAUCAAAAUAUGGUAAAGACACGUUUGCACGAGCUGUUGCAACAGGACAGAGAGUUCACUCGCGAGGAUCGUGAACAGAUCAAUCCGGGAAAUGCCCUGAGCAUUAACGCCGCUUUGGACUUUGUCAAGAAUCCAGUCCGAUGUUGCCAGCACGUUCACACUUUGAUUCAAAAGCUUUUGGACAUUGUACGCAUCAAGAAAGAAGAUCCCAAGACGAAGGACGCGAUACUCUAUCACGGCGAAACCUGGGAACUGAUGGGGCGUCGUUGGGGAAAGAUAGAGAAAGAUUUUUGCACAAAGCAGAAACGUUUCGACAUAUCCAAAAUUCCCGACAUUUACGAUUGCAUAAAGUACGAUCUGCAGCACAACAAUCACACGUUGCAGUUUGAGCACGCGGAGGAAUUGUACACGUAUGCAAAAUCUUUAGCGGAUAUAGUGAUCCCUCAGGAAUACGGUUUAACGGUGCAAGAAAAGUUAACCAUCGGCCAAGGAAUAUGCACACCCUUGUUGAAGAAGAUACGAGCCGAUCUACAACGAAAUAUUGAAGAGUCCGGAGAAGAGACAGUCAAUAGGCUUAAUCCCAGAUAUUCUCACGGUGUCUCGAGUCCUGGACGCCAUGUUCGUACAAGAUUGUAUUUUACGAGCGAGAGUCACGUACAUUCUCUACUUACAGUAUUGCGUUACGGUGGUUUACUCGAUGUGGUGAAAGAUGAGCAAUGGCGACGCGCGAUGGAAUACGUCAGUAUGGUCUCGGAGUUGAAUUACAUGUCGCAGAUCGUCGUGAUGUUGUACGAAGAUCCCACCAAGGACCCCAGCAGCGAGGAACGUUUUCACGUCGAGUUGCACUUUAGUCCUGGUGUUAAUUGCUGCGUACAGAAGAAUUUGCCGCCAGGACCUGGAUUCAGGCCACAUUCGCGCAACGAAAGCAGCCACAAUAUGGGGGAGAGCGGCGGUUCUGGUCAGGAUACUACAUCGCAAUGUAGUACUCGAAUAGAGGAGGAGGACGCGGAGUUAGGGAUUAUGGAAGACGACUUAAUCAAUCCCGUGGUGCAGGCUGACACGCCUCCGUCGCUAAUGGAAACUGACGCUGUAGAUUCCAUGUUAGAUAGCCCGACAACCAGUCGCGCAAUCGAUAUGAUGGAUCUAGAUCCGAACAUGAUGGACGAGCCGUACGACAGCGGCUUCCUGCAGAGCUCGGCUCCGAUUCCCAUCAGCGCUAGAACAGUGGCCGGACACGAGGCAGCUAGACUGGGGAGUCAAUUGGCGGCGAGUCAACGACAGCGACGAAGCAGGGAAGCGGGGACCAUCGUUGAGCCACGUGCGCGAAGCUAUGACCAUCAGCGGCAGGAGAAGUCGGAGAAAGCCGCGAGGCCGAGCUCCGCGUACCUGAUGAAACCGGCGAGCCUGUCGCAGUCGCACAGCUCGCCGGAGCUGCUGGCUUCGCCGAACACAAGCUCCGCGAGCUCCUCCUCGGGCUCACCACUGCCACCCACGAUCACGCUUCACAGCGCGCCGACCUUGGCCUCGGCCGAGGCCGACGACGGACAGCCACUCGCCACUGCCACCCCCUGCUCGUUGCUCGUCCCGUUGAUCUCGAUCAGCGGUGUCCUGCCGCAGGAGCAGCCGCGGCGCCGGCAGCAGCCUGCUGUCGAGUUUUACCACUCGUCCUAUUGCGGCAGGAAGUACGGACGGUCGCGCUCCGAGGCGAUUCUUCUCUCGACCGUAGAGACCUGCGCAAGGCGCCACCGUCACAGUAUCUCCGGACAGAUGAGUUAUUUCAAGCUGUUGGGCUACAAUGUCAGCAAGAAACUCACCGGCUCGGCGAACAGCCUCUUCAGCACCGCUGUGAUAAGCGGCUCCUCGAGCGCGCCAAAUCUCAAGGACAUGGUGCCACCGCACGCGUCCGCGGUUGCCGCGAUAGAAGGCUUCGGCGGAGUACCACCCAUCAGACCACUGGAGACCCUUCACAACGCGCUGUCGCUUCGUCAGUUGGACUCCUUCCUGGACAUGAUGACCAGCGUGCCGUUGUUUCGCACUCCGGCCUCGUCGCCGCCUAAGCACCCGUCGCCAGCCAGCUCGACGCACGAAUCGCUCAAUCCGACUCUGGCCCACCCUGGGAUCAGUCGCGAGUAUCACUCUGCUGACACGGAAGCUGUCAGGUACAUCACGCCUACUCCGAUACAAUACAAAUCUCUGGGCGAGGCAGAGGCAUGCGACAGGGGGAAUCUACCGUCGCCUACCAGCCCAAACAGUACGGGAUGGAGCAGCGAGCCGCAGUCUUUCUUAUCUUCCGAGCCAUCGUCACCGGCGCCAACGUCGACCGGCGAGUGCAGCAUGUCCAUAAGUUUAAUAAGCAACGACGGUGCUCAGCUUUUCAGCAACGCGCCGAAGUUCUCGACGACUCCUUGUCUGGACGUCGAUUUUAACGAAUUCUGCAUGAGACUCGACCAAGAGAAUCGAGAAAGUCGCGGCAGUGUCUCAUAUACGGAUUAUUACAGCAACGAGGACGGUCAGAUACGCAAAAUAACUCAGAUACCGCAAGCGAUGCAGCAAGUGGCCGCCGCCGCCGCCGCCGCAGCAGCAGCAGCAGCAGCAGCAGCAGCAGCAGCAGCAGCCGGUGGUAGCAGCGGGCAGUCGAAGACCACCGUAUGCGGCGACGAUCUUCCCGCUGACAACGUUGACGAAGACGAGGAUCAUACGUUGACGUUGAGACAGAGCGAGGAGCAAAAGAAGCAGGACGUUCAGUUGAUAUUCGAGCAGCGAGACAACGUUAAUCCUGCGAAAGUAAGCGGCGGCUGUAAAAAGAUCGGACGAUUCCGGGUGGAAAGUACGGAUAUAACUCAGGGCGACGUCAGAAUUAAAGAGACCGACAACGCUGACAAAGCGAAAUCAUCCACGCCUCAAAAGUCCGAAUCGCCCAAGUCCACCGCUUCGGACAAGAUCAUGCGGAAGGAUUCGAAGAAGAACAGCAGCGGCCAGCACUCGUCGCAGAAACGCAGAAACUUCUCUCGCUCGCAGAGCGUCACGGCGCCGAAGCCAGCUGCGGCGAAACCUACCGAGCCGAGUUUCAGCUACAAGUGUACGAGUACAAAGCAGGGCUCGUUUUCAACCAUGUCAACCUCGGAUCUGGAGGACUGGAAGUUGAGCGUGCUAAAUCCGUCGUCGUAUUCCACAACGGUGACUCAGCAGGACGAACCGAUACUCACCGUAGUCAGCAGUGUCGCAGACAGCUCGAAUGUGACCGUAGGCUUUGACGUGAAAGAUGAGGAAAAGGAAUAGAGGGGAGAUAUUCUGUCACGAAUUGAUCCUUUUGGUUUUUGUUACGAUGCAUGAAACCCUUUAUUUAUUGGCGAUAGCCAACUGAGAAAUA